AUGGGAUUACGCUACUCCUCCUACAUUGAGAGUCCCAUUUCCACAGAGGAUGGUUUCAACAGUAUGGGCAGUAGCGUUAACAUCUACCAACAGUCAUCGAGUAGCUACCCUUACCACUAUCACAUGCGCCAUAGGGAACACACGACUCCCAAGUUCAUUACGUAUGGUUGUCGCUGCUGUAGAACCCAUCUAUCGAGCUCAUCUCAGAUAAUGUCAAAGGAUUACAGGGGAAAAACUGGUGAUGCCUACUUGAUGAGUAAAUUGGUUAACGUCAUUGAUGGCAAUAUUGAAACACGUCCAAUGAUCACUGGUGAUUAUUUAGUCUGCGAUGUCUUAUGCCACUGGUGCAAGAGUUUAGUUGGUUGGAAAUAUUUAGAAAGUGAAAGGAAAGAUCAGAGGUAUAAGGAAGGGAAGUACAUCAUGGAAUUGCAGACUGUCUGCAGAUGCGGUUAA